AUGUACACCAAUAUAUUCAGUAUUGUAAUAAAAGAUGUCUCUGCAAAAUUUGUAAAAAAUUAUAAAGAAAUGGAAAUCCUCAAUGAUUUACCGCUGAGAAGCAGCUUAGAUGGUUAUAUAACAAAAUUGGAGAAAAUAAUGGAUUUUGUUCAAAAUCACAAGCGUUAUAUGGACAUGAAUUUAGGCUUUGGACUGUUUUUAGUCAACGUUAAUCUAAGAACCAUUUUACGGCUAAGAGGAAUAAGAAUACCGAGAAUUAAAAAGGCUCGCUUGAACAGAAUCUUGCAACAGUAUGAUGAAAUACUCCAAUAUUUUCAAGACAUGCUUAAUAAGCAUUCAAGACACACUACAGAAGCGGAAUCAUCUGCUCACUUUAUAACCGAACUUUUUUCUAAGGAUAAGUUAAACUGGGGAAUACAUUUACAAAAGUAUAAAACAAACUUGUUGAAAAAAACUAAAUUUUAUUCAAGGAAAGAGUUAACUGAAAGAUAUUCAAUAUGGUCUCAAUACGUGGAGAAAGUGUAUGAUUUUGAUAAUUAUUAUCCAAGUCCGCAGCUCUCGGAUGAUUGUAUAAGUGCCUUGUCGCAGGUGCCUAUUAAUCCUACAAUGCGAUGGAGUCGUUGUGACGUUUCAAGUUCUUGUGUUGAAUAUGUACGAAACGGCACCGAUUAUGGGUACGCAAUAACGCAUCGGUUAUUGUACAUGAUAAUGGCUCGAUUUUCGCGUGGAUGUACUAUCAUGUCCUCAGUAGAAGACAAAGCACAGAUUGAAACAUUCUGCGGUAAGAUUUACAACGAAAUAGAGUAUCACUCAUUCCAUAAUUUUGGAAUACCAGAUUUAUCUUUAGAAAUGAUUGCUUUGUGCACUCUUGAGGGCCACGUACAAUUUCUUCGACGCUCAUGGUUAGAUGAGCUCUUUGAAUUUCAAAGAGCACUUGGAUGUGUCGCUAGUAGCAAAGAAGGUAAAGAAAAAAACGUAAUACCAGAUUUAUAUAAAAUAGAGAAACCAAAUUGGCAAAUAGUAGAAGAAGAUCAAGAUAUCUUGGGAGGAUCAUGCAAUACUCAUACAACUGGAGUAGCAGCUGCAGUACUAUCAGCAGCCAUAAGAUAUAUCAUAGAGAAAUUUUCUUGA